UGCCUGAUAGAGACACAGAUCAUAUACUGCUUGCUGCCUUGGGGGAAUUUCACUGAAAAGCCUCUGAAACCGAUUCUAAGGUACUGGUGUUCCCAGGUCCUGUACAGAUACCGAGUUAAGACUGAAUGUUGUUUUGAGACAGAGGAAUACCAGGACUAGAGGGCAAUAUUAAUUUUCAGCAGCAUGACCAAGAUGGUCAACAUGAUUUCAAGACAAAAAGAUCCAUAAGACACAUGCACUAAGGCUAAGAUCCUCGGCUUCCUAUAAUGUUGUGAAGACCAAGGGCAUCAAGGGGCCUAACUAUGGAUCCUCAACAAAGAGAUCAAGCCAUUCGCCAGGGCCAGUCUGGACCAAUACCUUUCCCUCAGGAGGCACAGAGCAACCUGCAGAAUUUCCUAAAGGGGAAGCCAGUUAUUCUUGGGGUGAGCCAAAUCGUGAUUGGCCUAAUGAAUAUUUACCUGUGGAUUAUGGUAAAAGUCUUCCUUUCAUUCUAUGAACGAUAUCUAGUCCCAGGGAACACUGCAUAUUUCUUCAUUUUCCUUUUGGGACCAAUUUUUUUAAUCAUAUCCGGAACUGUGUCUAUUGUGUCUGGAAAGAAGACAACAAAAGAGAUGAUCUGUGGCAGCGUUGGAGCAAACACUGUGGCGGCCGUAUCAACAGGAUUGUCACUAAUGAUCCUUGCACUCAGAAUGACCCUAUCCUAUUACUUCUUAAACAUAUCAGCUCAUUAUUUCAUAACUGGGAUUUUGUUUAUGAAUCUCGCCCUCAUCAUCUUGGGAUUCAUCAUCUCGGUGUUGCUGUCUGCAUUUGGAUGCAGUGCUGUCUGCUGUGAUAUGACCUCAGUGGUUGUCGACUUAUCCUCCAAUGAGCGUGGACUUCCCAUAGCUGCUCUUUAUCCUGACUAUGAUGAGGUGGCUUUCUAACCCACUUAGUUGUUUGAUAUAUCAACUUUUGAAUUAUUCCUCAAUAAUACAUUGAGAGUAAA